GUGCGGAUGACACGCGGAUGUCGUACCUCCUCUGAGUACAAACAGUCUUGGGAGGUGUAUUCCAAUUUCUUGAAAGAUCCCUGAAGAUAGAUGGCAGAUACCCUUAAGAAUACACUUGGAAAGGCAGAGAAUUUGUUGUCUUCAGAUGCUAAAGUAUCAGAUUUAAUAUCUGCUGAAAAUGCAGACUUUCAGCCAAUGAAACUUUGGUAUGGAUCUCAUGCUCAGCCAAAGGAACAUUCUCAAGACAAUGACGAACAGCUCAGUCAAGAGUUUGUUGAUGCAGCCACCGAUGACCAACAAGCUUCAGGCCCCCCUCCCAUAUCUGCAUUGAUUAAUGAUCUCCUUCCAAAUGGUGCAGGCACGACUAUCGCUAUACUGGACAGUGGAAUCAACACCACUCAUACGGCAUUUGCUCAACGAAUAUCUCCAGAAAGCAAAUCGUUUGUUAGUGACAGUAUAGAAGAUGUACUGGGACAUGGGACACAAUGUGCAGGGCUGGCUUGCGGUUCUGAGGACAUUAUUGCUAUUGGCAACCAUCAGCUCCCAUUUCAAGGCAUUGCUCCAGAAGCUAAAGUAAUGGUGUGUAAAGUUGUACCCGAUGGAACCGAUCAAGCUAGUGGUGAUGCCGUGAUCCAAGCCUUAGAGCAUAUUCUGGAAUACAAUAGAACGUGCUCAACACAUUAUGACCGAGUAUCUGUUGUCUCAAUCUCCUUUGGGAUGCCAACGUUUGAUUACUUUCUCUCCAAAAAAAUUCAAGAAGUGAUCUAUAAUGAUAUUAUUGUUGUCUGUGCUGCUUUAAAUGAUGGCCGAAAAUACAAGCAAUCCAUCACAUAUCCGGCCAGGCUUGGCCAUGUGCUCUGCAUUGGAUCUUGUAACAGUAAUGGCGGCCACUCGUCUUUCUCGCCUAGAGGACGUGAACUAGAUUUUUUGGCACCCGGUGAAGACAUAUGUGCUCCUACUAUUGGUGGACCAAGCAUGUAUGCAUCUGUGACUGGCACGUCUUUUGCAGCUCCUCUAGUGGCCGGUAUUGUCUGUCAAAUUGUCCAAGAUCUAAGAGACCAACAGCCAUUAUUAAUUGAUCAGCUUCAUAAUGUUUGGGGGAUGAGAGAAAUUCUGAAGCACAUGUCUACCAUUCAAGGAGUGCAUCAUCAAGAUGAAGGAUUUGGCAUACUCAGACCAUUGGAAUAUUUUGAGAAAACUCGAAACGAAAAGAACAGUGUUCUGUCAAAGAUAUUGUAAAAUUGUUAGCUUUUCUAUACACCUAGUACGUGUGUUCUCUAUACAGUAUACAUUAUUUUUGUACUAAUACUUUGUUAACGCUGACCCUCAUAUUAUUUUUGUGGGGUCUUAUAUUGAAGAAGUAUGUAUCAGUUUACUGGUAGAUUGA